CGCUUUGAGGUCAGCCGCGAUCGCAAGGGCAUCACAGUUUGGACGGGAGAAAGUGACGAAUUAUCCACGGGGUGUAGAAAAGACCAGUGCAAACAUGUUUUACAAAUUCAGUUCUCUGAAUAAUCGAUUAGCACCGUCAACUCAGAUGGCGGCAUACUCGCCACAGGGACUGACACCAUACAUGGGAGACAGUGGGCCAAUCACAUACAGCAGCAAAACAGUUAAACUUUCUUCCACUGUGGAAAAUGUAGUUCCAGCUGCUGGUCGUGGACUGGCUAGUUCAGCAACGGGGGCUGCAUCGGGAGGAGUAGCAGGGGGUGCUAACGUUGCCCUUGUACCUGAUGCCCCAGGCUAUAAGAAAGUCAUGGAACUGCAGAAACUUUUCUGUAGAGAUGAUGGGAAGCUGGUAUGGAUGAAGAGAGGUGGUCGGGACAUGGGAGGUUACUAUGCAAGCAUGGCCCUUAUGAUGGGAGGGCUAGGAUACGCAUUCUACAUCAUUUACAAGAUGUCUGUGCCCAAGAAAGAGAAUUAAUGCUCGUGGACCCUAGGAAUAUUUUUUAAUAUUUAAGUUAUGAUGCAGCCUACUUAGAUGUUUUAGGAAAGCAGCAGUUAUGAAUGGAAAAUCCAUCUGCCUGUAACAGCCUAUUUUCUGCCAAAAAAAAAAAAAGAAAAAAAAACCAAAAUAACAGGAAAAUGAGACACACCCAAAACUGGAACAUUAAGAUACACUUAUGUGUCAUGAAAUUGAAACAUAAAUACAAACUGUUCUUAAAAAGCUGUAGGACCACAUCAGCAAUAUUUAUGAUCUGUGUUGUUUGUAAUGGAUAAUACAAUUGUGUUUGUACAUACAACUGUUUUUCUUCUUUACAAUUUUCUCAAUGUAGACCCAUGUUUGUCUCAAUAUUAAAGAAUUUGAACUUGAA